AUGACUGCUGUGGCAUCUCCACCUAGCGUCGAAUCGGGGUCUCGUCUGGGAUGGUACAGCUCUAACAGCGGAGGAGAAGGAGCUUUGUCUUCAGUGAACGCAGACGACGUGUCGCGGAUGUUCAUGCCACGGAAACACGUUCAACGCUCAAACUCCUCUUCUUCUCUGGGGUCGAACUCUUCGACCACUUCCACGUCUACUGUGAACACCUCUUCUCAAGAUACACAUGCCGCGCAGAGUUCCGCCAGCGAAUCAGAGACUUGGUCAUCAUCAAAAAAAAAGUAUUCAAAGAAUAUUUGGCCUAGCUCGAAAUCCGAGCCGGUAUCAGGGGUAACGAACGCGCGAUCCCAGGCAGUGCCUGCUUUCUCGUCGGGACCCAGUGCAUCAUCGACAAUGUCCGCAAUGCAUCAGCCUUCGAACAUUGUCCCAUCGCAACAGAUGCCUCAAUUAUCACAGCAGAAUGGCGUCCGUGCGCCAAUUGGUCCGCCAUCGGACAACCCGGCAAUUUUGGUUCUACUGCCAUUGAACGGCACCUUUGACAGGAAACAGAUCAAUGUACCAUACUACCCCGAGGUCCUCCGAAUUGGACGACAAACAAACGCCAAAACAGUGCCUACGCCUCUCAAUGGAUUUUUUGACUCUAAAGUUCUCUCUCGGCAGCAUGCGGAGGUGUGGGCCGAUAAGUCUGGCAAAGUCUGGAUUCGAGAUGUCAAAUCCUCAAACGGCACAUUUGUGAACGGCCACCGGCUGUCUCCUGAGAACCGGGAGUCAGAGCCGCACGAACUGCGAGAAACUGAUACCCUAGAGCUGGGUAUCGAUAUUGUCAGCGAGGAUCAAUCCACAAUCGUCCAUCACAAAGUCUCAUCUAAGGUUGAGCAUGCCGGAACCUAUGGAACUACCCCCAAUAUCCUUGAUCUGAAUUUCGGAGACUUGGAUCCUGCCUCCGGGGGCGCCGGCAGCAACGCGAGUAGCAGAAGUGCUCAGAGUGUUACCAGUAACCAGCUCAAUGCUUUACAUCAGCAACGGCAAAUGAACUACUGGAACUCGCCAAUUUCCAUUGAACAGGUCGUCAAGCGGCUUACGGGCGAACUGAAAUCUGCAAAGCAACAAACAACAGAUCUUUCUCAAGCAGAUGAAUUUUUGACGACGAUCAUGAAACCUGGCUAUGCAGAGAAAGAAAAGCUCACUAAGCCCACUCCUUUGGAGAACAGUGCUCAUCGCCAGAUCAACGGCCGGCCUAAAAUGCCUCGAGUCGACUCCUUCUCAAGAUUCUCGGAUCCUCCCGCUCCUCCUCCUCAACAACCUCUGCCAGAGAAACCCGAUGCGUUAUCACGAAGCGCCUCGGAGUCUUUCUCGCCACUGAAACGCAGCGAUACGGAAAAGCCCAAGAGUGGUACAGGUUCCCCUGUCUCGCGCGAUUCCAGUCAGAUCUUGAAUCUCAUUGAGGCGCUAUCUUCUGCCAAGCGAGAGAUUGAAACCCAUGGCACACGUGUCAAGGAACUCGAAAGUUUGCUGUUCCAGGAGCAGGCUGCUCGAAAAUUGGCAGAAGACAAAGUCAAUGAAUUGGAGAUGCGCUCCGCAUUGGAUGUCAGAGAAGUUGAACCCGACAACGGAAUUGUUCCACUUUCAGAGAAAGAGCAAAGCAAUACGGAAGCAACCGUGCAGGUCAACGGUAUCCAUCCUUCGGAGACUCCUGCUCCCGAAGACAGCCAGGCAGAGGCUUUUGUCGAGGAUAAGACUGCUGAACUUCAGACUCGAUUGGAAAACAUGAUGGAGGAGAUGGCAGAGAUGAGGAAGCAAAUGGCAUCCUUUAAAGAUCGCGCCGAGAAGGCCGAAGAUGAGAGCUCGGAAUCUCGCAAGUCCCUGAGCGAAAUGAUUGAAACAUUGCGCCAGGAACGCGCUGAAAAAGAACUAGCGACGGCGCAUGAGAAGAAAACCGAUACGCAUGAUAGCAAGCCGAGUAAUGGCUUGUCGGAACACUUGCUUGCACGCGAUGAAACUUUGAAGGAUUCCAAGUUGAACACUCCGUCGAUGCAGAGCUCCGAUCCGGUUACCUCUCAGAACAAGGACGUGGAUACCGCCGCUGCAACCACAGCUUUUGCAACACAACGCUAUCAACGCAACUAUGUGGAAGAAGCAAGUCCUUACGCGUCCAUGUUUGGCGUGGUCUUAUUAGGAGUAGGCCUGAUGGCCUAUCUCAACGGUUGGCAAAAGAUGGACAAAUGA